AUGUUUAAUUGUAGCUUGAAAUUUCUAAGUCGUCCUCAACUUCUGUUAGAAGCAAACCGAAAAUUGAUUAGGAGAUCGUUUAAAACGUCUCAAGUGCAACAGGAGUUGACGAAUGAUGUGAAUGAUCAUGUUCUGCACUCGCCUUAUGCUUCAAUGGAUUAUCCUAAUUGCACUUUGGAUCAACAUGUUUGGCGAAAUGUUCGUCAGUGGGACAAUAAACCAGCUGUGAUUGAUGGGAUAACAGACCGAUCAGUUUCUUAUGGACAACUUCGUGAUCAUUGUCGUGUCUUAGCAAUUCGCCUGCAAACAAUUUUUUCAUUAAAUCCCCACGAUGUCAUUGCUGUUUGUCUUCCCAACUCCAUUGAAUUUCCAAUCGUUUGCCUUGCUGCAAGUGAAGCUGGAAUUGUAACGACGACAAUCAAUCCAAUUUACACACCAGAGGAAAUUUCCCGCCAAUUGAAUGACAGCAACUCUCAACUUCUAGUUGGUGUGACAUCAAUGUCUGGCAUUCUUCGUAAAGCUGUCGAAUUAAGCAAACGCCCAAUUAAAAUUGUUUAUGUGAAGGAAACGGAAAGUGAAUUAUUGCCAGCUGAUGGAAUUGAUUUCAAUCAACUCAUCAAUUCACAAAACAUUGAUAUGAACUGUUUGAAGAAUCAUGAACAAGAUCCAAAUGAUGUUGUGGUUCUUCCUUACUCGAGUGGAACUACUGGUUUGCCUAAAGGUGUGAUGAUCACUCACAGAAAUAUUAUCUGCAACAGUAUGGGAUUGAACUCUGAAAUGGGUGCAAAAGCUUUGGUUUACCCCGCUAUUGGCAAUCAUCAAGACACUUUGCCAUGCGUCUUGCCAUUUUUCCACAUCUACGGAUUUACUUGCACGCUUUUGUCAAAGUUGGCGGUUGGGUGUAAACUUGUGACAUUGCCAAAGUUCACUCCCGACACUUAUUUACGUGUUUUGGAGAGAUAUGAAAGUUCAGUGCUUCAUCUCGUUCCACCAAUAAUAAUAUUUAUGAGUAAUUAUGAGAAACUACAAUUGAAACAUACGAAAUCGAUUAAAAAUGUGAUGUCGGGAGCAGCACCUUUGGGAGCUCAAGAUGUUGAGAAGUUCCAGAAAAAAGCGCCGAAUUCUGAAUUUCUCCAAGGGUUUGGAUUAACUGAAGCAUCGCCAGUUAUAAAUAUGUCAACUCCAGGAUCGAAGAACUAUGGAAGUGUUGGAUGUUUGAUCCCUGACACGGAAGGGAAAAUCGUAGCUGUUGAUGAUCCCAAAUACCGCGGUGUUGGCCCGAAUGUGAGUGGUGAACUUUGGGUUCGUGGCCCGCAAGUCAUGAAAGGAUAUCACAACAACCCCGAAGCGACAAGGAACACAAUAACAUCUGAUGGAUGGCUCAAGACUGGAGAUAUUGGACAUUACGACGAGAAUGGCGAGUUCUACAUCACUGACCGUCUCAAGGAGUUAAUUAAAGUGAAAGGUUUCCAAGUGGCACCAGCAGAACUUGAAGCUUUGAUUAGAAGUCAUCCAAAUGUUGCAGAUGCAGCAGUCAUUGGAGUUCCACACGAUCGUUUCGGUGAAGUUCCAAAAGCUUUCGUUGUACGAAAGAAUUCAAAUCUUAAUGAAGAAGAAAUCAAAAGUUUCGUUGCUGGCAAAGUUGCUGAGUACAAACAAAUUGACGGCGGAGUUGAGUUCAUCGAAUCGAUUCCUAAAAAUGCAACUGGGAAAAUUCUUCGUCGUAGUUUAAAGGAAUUGAAUGAAAGAUUGUUGACAACAUCUCAAGUUGGGAAACAAAGAAAUUUGGGAAAUAAUGAGUCGGAUGUCGUUGUUGCUUCUCCAUUUCCAUCUAUCAAUUAUCCUGAUUAUAAGUUACAUGAACUUAUUUGGAAUAAUCUUCAUCAAUGGGAUAAAAAAACAGCUGUGAUUGAUGGGAUAACAGACCGAUCAGUUUCUUAUGGACAACUCCGUGAUCAUUGUCGUGUCUUAGCAAUUCGCCUGCAAACAAUUUUUUCAUUAAAUCCCAACGAUGUCAUUGCUGUUUGUCUUCCCAACUCCAUUGAAUUUCCAAUCGUUUGCCUUGCUGCAAGUGAAGCUGGAAUUGUAACGACGACAAUCAAUCCAAUUUACACACCAGAGGAAAUUUCUCGUCAACUUGAAGACAGCAACUCUCAAGUUCUCUUCACAUUAGCAGCUUUAUCUGAUGUUGUUGAACGAGCAGUUUCGUUAACUAAACGAACUAUUAAGAUAGUUUAUGUGAAAGAUAAAGAAAACAAUUCACUGCCAGCAGGUGGAAUCGAUUUCAAUGAACUUCUUGAUUCGAGAGGAAUUGACCUCAAUGGACUGAAAAAUCAGGAAAGUAACGUCAAUGAUGUAGUUUUUCUUCCUUACUCGAGUGGAACAACUGGUUUGUCCAAAGGUGUGUUAAUUACACAUAGAAAUGUUGUAUGCAACAUCUUAGGAGCAAACUCUGACAUGGGUGGCGGUUCUGUUGUCAAUCCCGCUAUUGGCAAUCAUCAAGACACUUUGCCAUGCAUCUUGCCAUUCUUCCACAUCUACGGCUUAGGCUGCACACUUCUAUCAAAGUUGACACUUGGCUGUAGACUGGUGACACUGCCAAAGUUUACUCCCGACAGUUUCUUGAACGUUCUUGAGAAAUAUGAAAGUUCAAUUCUUUAUCUUGUUCCACCAAUCGUUAUUUUCAUGAGUAAUUAUGAGAAACUGCAAUUAAAGCAUACGAGAUCUAUUAAGAAUUUAAUGUCAGGAGCGGCACCUUUGGGAUCUCAAGAUAUUGAGAAGUUCCAGAAGAAAGCGCCGAAUACAAAACUUUUCCAAGGCUAUGGAGCGACAGAAGCAUCUCCGAUGAUUUGUAUAUCAACUCCGGGAUCGAGGAACUAUGGAAGUGUUGGAUGUUUGAUCCCUGACACGGAAGGGAAAAUCGUAGCUGUUGAUGAUCCCAAAUACCGCGGUGUUGGCCCGAAUGUGAGUGGUGAACUUUGGGUUCGUGGCCCGCAAGUCAUGAAAGGAUAUCACAACAACCCCGAAGCGACAAGGAACACAAUAACAUCUGAUGGAUGGCUCAAGACUGGAGAUAUUGGACAUUACGACGAGAAUGGCGAGUUCUACAUCACUGACCGUCUCAAGGAGUUAAUUAAAGUGAAAGGUUUCCAAGUGGCACCAGCAGAACUUGAAGCUUUGAUUAGAAGUCAUCCAAAUGUUGCAGAUGCAGCAGUCAUUGGAGUUCCACACGAUCGUUUCGGUGAAGUUCCAAAAGCUUUCGUUGUACGAAAGAAUUCAAAUCUUAAUGAAGAAGAAAUCAAAAGUUUCGUUGCUGGCAAAGUUGCUGAGUACAAACAAAUUGACGGCGGAGUUGAGUUCAUCGAAUCAAUUCCUAAAAAUGCAACUGGGAAAAUUCUUCGUCGUAGUUUAAGGGACAUGCUGAAGUCGUAAUUAAAAUUAUUUUCUUUUAUUUAAAAAAUUUACGUACAAUAAAAUAAUUUUAAUGAAAAAGAAAUUUAUUCAUCGACACAAAGAGGUCCACCAACAACUUCACAAAACUUGUCACGAUCAAGAUAAGUGCAGCCUUUAUGUGUGCAGGGAUAAGUGUAGCAAUGUGGAGAACAAUUCAAAGAUCCAUCUGUACAACCAGAACAAUCUAAAAUUGAAUUUCAUGUUAAUAAAAAGUUUAAUUUAUAAAAUAAAUCUUUACCAAUUGUUGGGCAAUGACGUCCAAAGCACAGUGGAGGUGCUUCAGCAGGAUUGGAUGGUGCAAUAGUUAAAAUAUUAUUGUGAUAAGUCGUUGAAUGUGGUUUCAAAUAAAGACGAUCAGCAAUACAAAAAUCACCACAAUAUUUGUAACGACGAUGUGUGCACAUCCAUUCAUUAGUUCGACGUUCUUUGCAUUGUCGUGGCGUUACAACUUCGCAACAUUUCCCUGAAGAUUCACCAUCUUCAUCAGUGUCUUCACGACUUUCAGCAUUUGGAUUUGGAGUGCUUGCAUCUGAAGGUUUCUUUCCACU